AUGCUCAGACAUUAUACAUAUUAUCUUUCUCAAUAUUUAAUCAAAAAACUUUUUCAUAAUGAGGGAAAACUUUUGUCCUUCCCUUCUCGCCCCAUAAUUUUUUUAAACGCUCAAAAUGGUCAGAAAAAUUUUUUUCAAAAAAUUUUUCCUCGAAAUUUCCUCAAAAAAUUUUUUUCAGCACUAUUUGGAAGCGGUGCACCAUUUCUUAAAUUGGAUGGAGCUGAAGAAUUACCAGAUUCAUUUGUUAGCGAACAGUCUACAACGGAAAGAGUCGAACUCGAAAGAGUCAGAAAAGCAAUACCUGUCGAUAAAAGAAUUGACGAUAUGGAAGAAGUACCUUCACUAGAUGGAUUAAAAAGACCUAAUAGAGGGGCGAUGAGGGAAUAAAAAGAAAUUAAAAUAUAUUUGUUUUGAAUUGUAGUUUUGUUAUUGUGUCUAUUUUUGUUAAUAUGUAGAAUUAAGUAAAUAUCUCU